GCCAUCGGAAUGAAGCGCAUUCAGGUCACGCCGCGGAGUUAUCCCACGAAUCUCAUUGACAAAGACUGGUCCAAGCGGAAAAUUACCCAUAAAAAUGUGAAUAUACAGGAAUUCCUUGAUGUAGUUCAUGACAUGGAAUUUCGGGAGGAUGAUGUUUGGAUUGUAACCCUUCCUAAAUGUGGAACCACUUGGAUGCAGGAAUUGCUGUGGUUACUCCUCAACGAUUGCGACUUUGAGGGAGCUCUUUCUAGAGAUCAAGAGCUGCGUUCUCCGUUUUUGGAGUUUAAGUUCUACAUAACUCAAGACGUAGAGGAAUCGUUGAAACCUGUGCAAGAACUGCAGUCCCCUCGUCUGAUUAAAUCUCAUCUGGCCCUGCCUCUGCUGCCCUCUAAGCUUUGGCUGGGAACAAAUAAAGUUAUCUAUGUUUUUCGGAAUCCCCUUGAUGCUUGGGUCUCUCUCUAUUAUCAUGGCGUUACCACUGGUCCUAACUAUGGCAAGACUCUAGAACAAUAUAUGGAUGAGCAGGUAUCCUCCCAAGAGUAUGUAACGGAGGUCAUAGACCAUGCCUACGAGUUCUACCAGCUAAGAAAGGAACCUUGGGUUUUCUACACCAGUUUCGAGAGGAUGAAAAAGGAUUUGAGGGGAGUGAUAAAUGAUGUGUCUACAUUUCUGAAUAAGUCCGUCAACGAAGAGCAAAUGGAGCGUCUUCUGAAACAUUUAUCCUUCGAGGAAAUGAAGAAAAAUCCCACCACAAAUCAUCUGUGGGAGAGAGCCCAACACUCUCACACAACCCAUAAAGAUGCUGGCAAGGAAAAGCACAACUUCGUGCGCAGAGGCAAGGUAAAUGGCUACAAAGAUGAGCUCAAGCCAGAGCAAAUUGAGAAGGUCAACGUCUGGAUAGAGCAAAGCCUCAAGGAGAAUUCUGUUACUAUGGAAGAACUUCUGCUGCUUAAUGAUGAAUAGAUAAGAUAAACUUAAAAUAAUUACUAAGAGCUGUAAAAGAACAAUUAAAAAUCUGUCUUAAUGUCGGAAUGGGAAUAUAAAUUAACUUCUCGAGUGCUAUAUUUCGAUUUUAUUAACAGUGGGUUCUCUAAUUCAAAUCUUUAAGCUCUUGCAAAAGGCCACUAAAAACAA